ACCUACGACUCCUGUUUGUUGAAGUUAAAGUAUUUGAUGCUACGAUUUGGAGUUUGAAAUUGUUCGCUUUCAGAGCUCAAAUAGGAAAAGUUAUUCUUGAAAAUGGAAAACCAACAUUCCAUUAUCAUUUUGAAAACCUGAGAGUUAAACUGAUCGACAUGAGACUUUUUCAAAGAAGUAUCACAAGGGGGUGUGUUGUAAAUCAAGUUAUUGGUAGGGAUCCUACAAAUACAGCGGUUAUAUUGACUCCUGGUAUAAAAUCAUCACCUGGUAGAUAUGAUAUUUUUUAUGCAGCCGGGUCAAAUGAGGGUGGGAUGGAUGUCCUAUCAUGGACAAAAUUGACAAAGACAUCAUUGUUAAUUCCUUUCCGCAUAAAUCACAGCAUCCCUUUGUAUUGGACUGUAAAAGUUAAAACAUUGGAUGGACAACAAAGUACAGUUAAAUGUUAUCUAAAGACAUAUGAUAACACUCUACCAGAUGGACGAAUUGAUGUCAUGUAUCCAUACACCAGUCACCCACAUCAACUAGGAGGAAAAGUGGUAGUUUUUGAUGAAUCAAAGAUGAGCAUCAAUCAAAAAUACGCAGUUGGGUUUUCUCAAGGAGAGAAAGGCAAUCAGGUCCUUGAUUGGAGGUUUUUUAAUUUGACCAGUAAAUCCCAAAUGUUUCUCAAAAAGGGUAAGCUUUUUGACAAUGGAAAAGAUGGUAAACUUACAACUUUGCCUUUGCGGUCUUUUCAUGCAAAUGAUCACGAUGUUUGUUCAGAAGAAUGUAUCAGAUUUGGUGAACGAUGUGUGUCAUUUGACUUUGAAUUCCAUACGGAAACUUGUGAUCUUCACUCAGUGAUAGAGGGCCCUAAAGCAGACAUAAGAAUAAGUGGAACUUAUAAGCAUUAUGAGCGACUUGACGUUGGACAUUCUUACUUUAUUCAGCAUAAUUUAGAUCUUCAGCAUGGCCAGAGGUAUUUCAUAAAUGCAGACAUAACCAACGUGUUAAAGUACAAAAGUAUCUUAUCGUCGCUUGGUACAAUGGUUGAUUUUACACCACCGGAACCCGAUUACAUAGGGGAAGCAAAAUACGAUCAGAUGGUUGCUGAUAGAUGUCGAGCGUCAAUAAUUCAACGAUGUGAUGUUGUCACAUGGAAACAAAAUCAUAGAAAAAUAAUAGACGGUCACAAUGCAGACACAGUGUACAAUGGACAUCUACCGAAAACAGAUAUGAGGUUUACUCUGACUAACAAUUUUGCUUCUUCUAACUGGAGACCUUUCACAGAUAAAGAAAGUGGGAUCUUUGGAUAUACUUGGGCAUUUGGCACUACUAUUUGUGGGACAGAUGUCUCGGACUUUAUCGACCCCCAUAAACAUCUCGCAAACAAAAGAUUUUGGACGUACAUUGGAUAUGCUCGAAAUCUCCAUCUUCCUGACGGGAAGUAUUACGUCACCAUACAAGCGGUUAAUAAUGUAGUCCAUGGUGGUGCUUUAGUUACCACCGUCUGUCAUUCUACUCCAAUCGUGAUAGAUACAACACCACCUAUAUUUAAAGGUGUUUCGGAUAUCAUUUUCGAUGAAGACUUUAAUUUGAUGGCCAUUUAUUUUGAAGCAGAGGAUAAAGAAUCCUUGCUUUCAAGAAUUGACUUUGGACUAGGCAAGACCAAACAUGAUGUGGAAGUUCGUGGAUAUUCCAGGUUACCAUAUCCACAUCGAGAUAACCCCUAUAUUGUGAUAAACGACUUAAAUCUUACUUCAGGAGAACCUGCCUGGUUAAGAAUAAGAGCCGUCAAUAAUGUGGAGCUAUCUAAAGCAGGACACAGUGAUGACCCAAUUCUCAUCGAUAGAUCUAAGCCCAUAGCUGGAGAUGUGUUAGACGGAGAUGUGAUAGAUAAAGACGAAAAAUAUCAAGCGGAAAAUGAUAGGAUUUGUGCUACUUGGAAGGGGUUUUAUGAUCCAGAGUCUGGGAUAGAUGAAUACCGCUGGGGUGUUGGUUCAUCCCCAGGACUCGAUGACAUUUUGGCGAUGAAAUUAUUUCAUAGAAGUGUGAAAGCCGCAUGUGCCCCUGUUGUCCUUGUCCAUAACAAGACAUACUACAGUGUCGUAGAAGCAAAAAAUAGUGCUUUAAAUGCAAAAAGCGUCCAGAAAACAUCAAAUGGCGUUCUAGUUGACAUAUCAAACCCCCUAGUAGGUUGGAUACAUGACGGUGACGAUCAAGAGAAUGAUAUGUCUUUUUCCUCUGAAUCGGCGAUACUUACGGCAAGAUGGGGAAAUUUUUCCGACCCUGAGAGCAACAUUCACCAUUAUAUCGUCGAUGUCUUUGUGAAUGACUUGAAAGUAAAAUCUUUCAAUGUUGGAAACCAAGAAGCACUUCAUGAUUUGUCCAUGAGUUUUUCACAAGGGGACUAUAUAUAUUCCCAAAUAACUGCCUUCAAUGGAGCAGGGUUGUUAGUAUCACAUAGAUCAAGCGGUUUUGUCAUAGACUUGAGCCCACCGCUAGUAAAGUACAUUCAUGAUACAAAAGAUGGGAAACAAUUUCAGAGCAAUUCACAUACUCUAUCAUAUUCCUGGAAGUUUAUUGAUCCAGAAUCUGGGAUAAAAGAAUAUCGCCUUACGGUUCAUGAAGUUGAAUAUGGAAUGCAAAGACAACUUUUGCCACUCAGAGAGAAGUAUAUCAAAACAGCGGAGGAGAAUGUUACUUUCACGGGCCUUUCACUAAAAGAUGGUCAUAGGUACAUUCUAAAAAUAGUGGCUAUAAAUAGAGCUGGAAUGCCAGCGCUUCACGAAUCGGAGGGCGUUACUGUGGAUGUAUCACCACCUGCAGUAACUGAGAUUCACAUCGGAUUACCGGAUGUGGAAGAAGAGCUAGAGGAUGGUAAAGUAAUGCAUGCUGAUCAGACAGCUAUGACAAUAAGUUGGAGAGCCAUCGACUACCAGAGCACUGUAGAGAAGGUCUGGAUAGCCAUUGGUCUUAGUUCCAAUGAUACGUCAAUAACAAAUGGGUUUAGAGAGUUCGCAGGUGGAAAUGUCGCACACAUUACAGGGCUUUCGUUGGCACCUUCAGCAAUUAAUGGAAGCCAGAUCCAGUACUAUUUCGUUACUAUAAAAGUUGAAAAUGGGGCUGGAUUAGUUUCCUUUCCAAAAACAUCAAACCCUAUAUAUGUAAUGAAGAGCAAUGUUCCCGGUACAGUGUACGAUGGACGAAGAGUUUUAAUUGACGAGGAUUAUACAUAUGAUAAAACCUCCUUAGCCAUGUCUUUUAAUGGUUUUGAGAGUGAAGCGUGCAACAUUGUACAAUAUGAAUGGGCUAUUGGAUAUAAACCAUUUUCAUAUGAUGUUUUACCCUUCACUGAAUACGGAAUAGUAAUGCGCAACAAAACAUUUGGUCAGGGACAAAUACAUUUAACAUUAUAUGAAGACUCUUCUUACUUUAUAACAGUAAGAGCGAAGACUGGAUUUAAUUGUCCGACAGGCGAAUAUAUUUUAUCUUGUUCUGAUGGCAUAAAAUUAGACACAACUCCUCCUUCCAUUCAUAUGCAGUUUGCGGGAGCGCCAAUUACUGAUAAAAGGGAAACAAUAUAUCAGAAAAUAAUGGAUUCCAUGGAUUUGAAAUGGAAUAUGAGUGAUACGUCAGAUGUAUCAGAAUCUUGGUGGUCAAUAGGCACUCUGCCCGGAAGACAAGAUGUAUUCAGAGAGAUGAAGUCGAAAAAAUACUUCAUUCCAGCUGGUGUUCUUCAACUUGGUCAAGGACAAACAGUUUAUGUGACUAUAGGGGCAAAAGAUAACGCCGGAAACAAAGCGCAAAUUUCAUCACCGCCCAUUAGUAUUGAUUUAACACCGCCUGCUGUUCAUAAUUUUGUUUGUACACCAUACAUUUCUGUUCGGAAAUCAUUGGUUACUUGUACAUGGGAUAUGAUUGAGGAAUGGGAGAGUACUGUUACCAAUGCUGCUAUUGGCAUUGGUAUAAAUGAGACGAUGGCAACAGUUUCUCAAUUUCAUUCAAUUGCACAUCUCUCGAAGAGUUGGACAAGAGAUCUUCAUUUAAAGCUUAUUGAUAUGACUCUCCCCAACAUUUUCAUCAUAAUGAAAAUUAAAAAUUCUGCCGGAUUGGAAACUCUCAAACAUUUUGAAGUUGUUGUUGAUCACACACCUCCACAGCAUGGAAAAGUACAAAUUGUGACAUCAAUAAAAACGGAAAAUGUUAAAAGGACAAAACAAAAGUGUCAGAUUCCCCAAACGUUCAUUGAAAUUCAGACGACUAACUGGGAAGAUACUGAUUCUGGAAUAGAAAGGUUUCAGGUAGCCGUUGGCUCAAACGGAAAAACAACGGAUAUACUUAACUUUAGUGAUUUUGAAAUUGAGGAAAUUAUAAUCAUUCCAAAUUUGAAUAUGAUUGAGGGCAGUAGUGUUUCUGUCACAGUUCGGGCAUAUAAUAAAGCAGGAUUGUAUGGUCAGAAAAGUUCUGAAGCAGUGUCAAUAAGUCCAAAUCCAAAACUUCUAGUUUACGACGGUCCAAAUGAAUUGGAUGUGGAUUUUCAACAGUCUUUAUCAUCUUUAGAAGGUAUCUGGCGAUACUCUGACAAUUGUCACGUAGUGUCGGUAGAAUGGGCGGUAGAAAGUGUUGAUGGAAAAUUAGUUCAAAAAUUUACGAGUGUUCCAUCAGCAUUACAUCAUUUUUAUUCAGAUCUUAUAGUUUUGAGAAACGGAUUGAAUUAUAUUAACGUUAUAAGAACAAUUGAUGCCUUAGGUAGAGUUCGUAUUAGCAGAUCCGAUGGUAUUACAGUUAAGAUUCAACCCCCCUCUCCAGGUGUAGUAAGAGAUGGACAUGAUGAUGAUAUUAAUUAUCAGGAAUCAAACACUGAAUUAAAUGUAAACUGGGAUAAUUUCGGAGACAGCAACAGUAAAGAUCCUACAGAGAAAAUUGUCCGAUAUGAAGUUGCUGUUGGCAAUGAUAUCCGAUUCGAAGAAACACGAAGUAAUGUUCACUACUUCGUAGAUGUCGGUCUAAAGAAUAAUCACACAUUCACAGGACUGAAUCUGACGAUGAAGACAGUGACAUAUUAUGCAACAGUUCGAGCAUAUAGUGAAGCUGGGAGCAUCCAGAUUGGAAUAUCGAAUGGCAUUAAAGUUGGAUUCAACGAGGUGUUGGUGUCAGGCAAUGUUGAAUAUAAUGCAGUACAGUCAAGAACCGAUAUGAUUUCAGUUUCGUGGUCCGGAUUUGAGGCAGAUCUGGGAAUCGGCUAUUUUCUAAUUGGAAUAUCUUCUUCUCAACCGCUUAUCCCGAAUGACACACAAGAAUGUCAACGUUUUGGGGACUUUGAAAGUCUUUUUGAUAUAAAAAAAUUGGAAAAUGUGGGGAAGGACACAUUUGCGGAGAUAAAGGAAAUAUUGCUUGUACAUGGUCGAACAUAUUAUACGACAGUUAUUGCUGCAGAUGUUACAGAGAAAUGCAUAGGAAGUACUGGAAAAGCUUUACUCAUUGACACUACUCCGCCGCAAGAGGGAAACGUGGUUGUCGAAGGAAAGUAUGACAGCAACGUUGUUUACGUUAAAACUAAUGAUCAGCUCACUGUGAAUUGGGACGGUUUUCAAGAUAAUGAAUCCAGUAUAACGCAUUACGAAGUAAAUUUGUUCUCUGCAACAACAUGCCAGGCCUUAAAACCAAAUACAAAAGAGAUUCCAGAUAUCUAUAAAAAUGAAACAUCCAUUAGAGUACAUGCUGAACGUAGAGUAACUUUUUAUGAGUUAUCUCUGAAGGAGUCAAACACAUAUGUCAUCAGUAUAACAGCACAUAAUGCUGCAAGAUUGAAGACAACUAGUAUAUCAAUACCUAUACGAUGUGACAUUUCUCCGCCGUCUAAAGGUUCGGUGAAAUCUGGUAAUAGUUGGUUUCAGGACAUAUCUUUCCAGUCAUAUACAAAUUCCUUCAAUGGUACAAUUGCUGUUGCUCACUCUAAAUCAGCAUACAUAUGUGAACGACAACAACAUAUUUUUCCAGCUGUGGAAGAUGAACUUAUUACCCUCACUGGAAGAUUCGAUCCACAGUGCGUGUUGACAUCUGAUUCAAUGCUCAAUAUAGAAAUACGGCAUGAUGACAAUUUAAGGGGAAUCAUCAAAGGUGGUGUUGAGUCAAGGAAAAGAAAACUUAGAUCAGGAAAUUACUCUAUGGUAAUUCGAACGGCAAAGGGAAAAAACAUUGUAACCACCAUUUUUCUGGCAUCUGGGAGUACUUCUGUGAAAGAGGACUUUAGAUACAUACAAGAAAAGGAAUCAUCCACCAAUAAGUAUGUACAUCUUUAUCAUGCAGUAAACAGUGCCAACAAUGUGACCUCAUCUGAAUCAAACGAUGGAAUGAGCACUACACCUAGAAUAGAUAACAGCACGUUUCCCACCUCUAACAAUUCUGAUUCAUUAUCUAAUCCUAAGGAUAUUAACUUGUCUGAAAAGAUAUCCAAUUUUGGUCAAGAAGGAACAUUUGGACUUGGGUUCCAUCUGCCUGGGUAUACAUUCAACGAUAAAUGGAUUGUAUUUGUUUGGGUACUUGAUCAAUACACUUAUUCAACUCGGCAAGUUUUAAUUGACUUUGAUCCAAUAAGUGAACAUACAGAAUAUUCCAUUCAAAUAUCAAACAGCACUUCCUCGGCCGGAAGCACAUGGGAUGUCGUGUUCUUUAUCAAAAACCGUCAAGUGGCUCAAUUUACUGGCUUACAAUUUGAAAAUGUGGCAACCUUUGGCACUUACAAUUGGAAUGAAGAUGACUACGUCCCUCCAAUUUUGAAUGUAGAUUUCCCCAUUGCUUUCUACACAUCUUCAAGUGUGAAAAGUAUGAAGGAGCCCAUUCCAGAUGAUAAACCAUGCAUGCAUGGUUUGUCGUUUUUCGACGAGGAAAGCUACAUUUCAGAAAUAUGGGUGAAAGUAUCUGAUUCAGAGAAUGAUGUAAGUUCGUCGGGGUAUGUCCUUCACUCUAUGUUCUGUAAAGCAUGUAUGAAUAAUUGCAAUAUAGGUUGCUCAAGUGAUUGUGAACCAUCGCCUUUAGAAUUUGAACUAAUAUCUCUUUAUAUCGAAAAUCUUAAUCUAUCAAUUGCAAAAUUGAUCAGUGAUGGAACAAAUGGGAGCACAGCAACAUUUAAUGGCAGUACUCAUUUCCUUCACGUUAUGGCUGUAAACGCAGCUGGUCUGAAGUCACAUGCUAUUUCUAAAGGUGUCAUGGUCGAUAUCACCCCUCCCGAAUUUAACUAUGUUCGUUGUGUAGAUCCAUUGUCACCAACCCAGGAACCGUCACUUUAUCAGGGUUCCAAUGACAGUUUGAGAGCUUACUGGGAUUGUGAUGAGGAUGUGGGGGAAAUAACUGAGUAUCGAAUUGAUGCUGGGACUCUCAAAGGUCUUGAUGACAUAAUCAGUGACAUGUCAGUUGGUGUUUCACGGAAAUUUCUUAUAUCAAAGUUAACCAUGCCACUUCAACACAGUCAAAGUUACUACAUUACUGUUAAAGCAAUAAAUUCUGCAGGAUUGCAGACAGAAGGAACCUGCAAUAUUACAGUGGAGCUUCUACCACCAGAUGUCCGAAAUUUGUCAGUUAAUAGUAUGUUUUCGCAAACGGAAGACGAAUCAUUUGAUAUUUCUAUGUCUCCUAAAGAAAUCGGUUUGGAGUGGGGCGGCGGUUCAUCGGAUAUUGAAUUCUAUGAAUGGCAGAUUGGUUCAAAAGAAGGUGGAGAUGAUGUGUUUCCCAGAGUUAAAGUAGGAAUUUCUAGCUCCAAGAAAGCAAAUAUAAGAAACGGAGAAUUGUGGAUCGACGAUGUGUCUUUAAAUGCAUCGGUCGGUGCAUACGCCCAGAUUAAUUCAACAAACACGACAAAUAAAAUAGACCAAUCGUUUUUUAAUAUGGAACCUGGUCUGUGUUUGCAUGUUGAAUUGUAUGCUGUUGGAAGAUCUCAUCUAUCAAGCAGUAUCAAUACAAAACCAACCUGUAUCAGUCGAAGCGGUGAUUUGGUCAUCGACUUUGCCAAAACAAAAUCUGUAGCAUUAAAGGACUCCGAAACAUUACAAUCUCUCGUGAAUUUAACAGGUCACGAAAGUAAAAUGCUGGCUGGAAUAUUGAGUAUGUCAGAUGUGAUUGAUGAUUAUGGAACUGCAGCAUCAGAUCAUUAUGCUCGAUAUAUUGUCAACCCCAUCCUGACUCAAAACCAGACACAGCGUACGCUAAAUCGCAGAUUUGUCGGUCAGAACGAACAAAUGUUUUAUUUAUCACCUUCCUCAAAGGAAGAACCCAACUUAGCGGCUGAUUUAAAGUUUGCUGUCGAAACGUACGAUCCAUCUGCAGAACGUCCAUUACUUAUUGCUUGGAUGAGAGAACAAAAUGAAUGGACAGACGUCGAAACCGUAUGCAGUAUCGCUGCUUCAGUUGAUUUCGAAACAGGCGUUAUGAGUAUCAAGAUAUGUGAUGAAGUUUUCCAGCAUGAAAACGAAAAACGUCGAUAUCGACGCAGCGCUGAAUCACCUCUUUACCAACCUCGGAUGUUUACGCUACGGAAAGGUUCCAAAUUUAUCCCAAACUUGAGCCCCACAAUUAUAACAAACAUUGUCAUUUGUGAGGAAGAUAGACCGAUAUCACAGCAAAUUAACGUAAGGGAUCCGGAUUUAGACCCCCUGCUUGUUUCGUUAUCGUCACCCCCUAGGCACGGGACAGCCGAUAUUACUAGUGAUGGUAUACUGAUAUACACACCACGAACUGAUUUUAGCGGCGAAGACGAAGUAAAAGUAAAGGUUGAUGAAGUAAACAUUACAUUUUCAUUGACUCCACACCAAAUCGAAAAAAGUAUCAAGAUAGUGGUUUUACCAAGAAAUGAUGAACCUGAACUUACCUUCUACAAAAGGUUACACUCCCUACAAAGUACGAAAAAUAACAUAACAUCUGAAGUCCUUCUCGAGGGGAAUGAAACAAGAAGCGUCUUUUAUGGGAUUUUAGUUCUAGAUGACGUUGAUGUAAAUAACACUGUGAAGUUAGGAUCUUUGUUCAAUAACACGGCAAGUAGUUUCUAUACUCUGAAAGAACAGGCAAAAAACGAGGUUUCGUUCUCCCAUAGAGGGGUUCAUAGAGAAUUCCAAAUAAGACACGAUAUCGACAAGACUUACAGUGGUUUAGCAACGUUUGCUGCUCGUGCUCACGAUGAGUUUGACGAUAAUAAAGUGUCUUUUAGCAAAGAAUUGAGGAUCAAUACAUAUCUAUUGAUCAAUCCAUGUAUCCAUGGGGUAUGUGCCAAUCAAACAGAAACAUCGUGCAUGGACAAGUCCCGAGCCUUCAGUUUCGAAAAUUACCGUUGUGAAUGUUCUCUGGGAUACCGAGGAGAGUGGUGUGAAAUUGACAUCAACGAAUGUUCUCCAAAUCCUUGCUCCGUAUUCUAUGACUGUCACAAUUUAAUCGGACGAUAUGAAUGUACUCUUAAUGGAGCAAAGACGUUUGGUUUGGCAGUUGGAUUCAUCAUCAUAAUUGCAACUAUUUUUGUUUUGAUUAGGCGUUGUAUCCUUAACAAACGACCACAAAACAACAAAAUUGGACCAACCCCUAUUUGGAAUGAGAAAAAGACAAGCAAGAAAACCAUCACAGAAGAUGCAGUUGAUCCACUCACUGCAGAAUUGUCCGUGGCACUUCCAGCUAUUUCUCCUGUGACACAUACUACUAACAAACGCGUAUUUUUCAAGCGACAAGAUAUUGAGGCUCAUUUGCGAUCUAAUGAUCAGAGUAGUACAUCGAGUAAUGAUAACGUCAACAAAGAAGAUCGAAAAACACAAUUGCAGGAAGAAGAUAUUGAAGCCAUAUUAUCUUCCGUGUCCUCCUACAAUGUUGCUGUUGGAAAAAUUAUGCCACCUCAUUUGCAGAAAUUCCAAAUCAAUAACAAAAGCCAGGGCAAGAUUGGUACCAAUUCUUCUCAAACUUAAUACGAACAUGAACUUGGAAUCUAUGAAAACGGCAUGUAUGUCAUGAAAGUACAUUUAAUCAGACUUUUCUAUAGAAUUUUUGUAGCCUAGUACAAAUAAUAAUUAUAUUAAACUUUAUCUGCAUUCAU